AUAACUGUAGGCAAUCCGUAAAAUUCAAAUAUGGUGUUAUUAAAAAAAUGAAACAAAAUAUGUUUUUCAUAACUCAGAGAACCAUACGACGUCAUAAUGUUGCACAGAAUGACCCAUUUCGUCAUAAUCGAGCGGCGUGACGUCGAGCCGCAUCAAACGCUUACAUUGAGGAUGGAGCUUUAUUAAGCACGAACACCUAAACGACCGCACUGAUAUCAAAAUGAACGAUCAUAAAUAAUAACGCGAGAGUUUGCAACUUGCCUGCCGACUGUGGUCACAACUGUCAGCGGCGGAUACGCGCGUGACCCAGCGCCAAUACUGUUACUGUACACGGCCGCGGAGAUAAUAUUCGUAUGGAAAAAACACACGGCAAAAUCCCGAGGUAAGGACGGGGAAUCGAAGGGCUGCGCGUUCACUUCUCUCGCCCUCGUGGAUGUGGAAGAUUACUGCACUAAACAGAUCCCCGUGCCUCCUUUAGCAACAGCGCGUGGAUUUUUUUACUCCUCCUUCGUAUUAAAGUCGCCAUUUUGCUUGACUGCCUAUGAAAGCUUCUUGUAUUUUCAUAUUUUGUUGGCGGCGUUGCUGUGUUUUUACGCGUGUGCUUUUGAGUUGGACGUCACCGCGAGGUUACAGAGAGAGCUGCUGGAUUACAUAUUAAUGAAGAGGGGCAACGAGUGGAGUCUGCAAACAAGGUGAAAGUGUUCAGCUUUCUCUUCCUCGGCUUUUUUUCCUCCUCUUCCUCCUCCUUCAUCAUCAUCUUCCUCCGCGGAUACGCGCAGCGGGGGCCGCGAGUGUGGCCACCGACCGUGACGCCCGUCUGUCCGCGGCGAACGCGACCGACCCCCUGCGCGUCAGGUGCGUUUGCCAUGUAAAGUGAAGCGGCGCGACGCGAGAGUAAAGGCUACAGCCUGACCCCACGUGGGUGACCCCUCUCACCCGCUCACAGUGUUGGGUGGAUCGGGCUUUCCAGGCAUGGACGCCUCCAGUGGUGCCCGGGUGGUGAAACCGUCUUCGGGCAUGUCCAAGGGGCGCACUGCCAAACAAACCCAUCCCCCAGAGAUGGCCCGGAUGGGAAGCACGGAAAACGACAAUCACGGCUCUUUCUCAGGUUCCUCCUGUAAUGAGAAGUCAGAGGGCAAGAAGAAAGGGCGCCCCCGUGUGGAGGUGCAGGAACUGCGCAAUAUUCCUGCUCAUAUGAUCGUUCAGUGGAAAGAGGAGUUUAAAAGUCGUUCCAGGGUGAAAUGCCCGUGCUCGGGCUGCUGGCUGGAAUUCCCCAGUAUUUAUGGACUUAAAUAUCAUUAUCAGAGAUGCCAAGGGGCGACCAUAGCAGAGAAGCUUAGUCACAGAUGCCCAUACUGUGAGGCUGUGUUUGCCACGAAGGUCCGUCUUCAAAAGCACAAACUGUGGAACCACCCAGAAAGGGUCACCAUGGAGACCAAGUCCGGGGUCACCCUGGAUACCAAACCCGAUCUCAAGUCCGAACCCAAACAGCAGAAGAGCGUUGUGAAGGGCAAUGCCAAAAAAAGGCCCACAGAGAACAGCCCUCCGUCGCCCGCAUUUUUCAAGGUGAAGAAGACCCAGGAGGUAUCUCAGCCCUCACAGAAUGGAGAGUGCGCCCCCCAAAGACCGGAUAGGAGACAGCAGCACAGUUCUCAGCAUCAGGGGACAUCUGUAGACACUGGGGACAGUGAGAGCGAGGAGGACAGUCUACCCCCACCAUUCCCCGAAGAGGAUCCUGAAAGAAUGAAGCACAGGAGGAAGCAGAAAACUCCAAAGAAGUUCACUGGGGAGCAGCCGUCUAUUUCAGGAACGUUCGGAUUGAAAGGGAUGAAUAAAGUGGAGGAGAAGUUGAAAGCAGGCCGGAUGAAAAGGGCGGAGGGGGCUUUGUUCACAGACGAGUCCCAAAGGAAGCAGUCAGCUCCAGCAGCCACCAGAAAAGAAUCUACUUCUAUCAGUUCAGUGCCCCCUGCUGAAGCCCAAUGGCAGAACACCAUCUCUGAGAGGGGAGAGGUGGUUUGCCCAACCUGCUCUGUCGUCACCCGCAAGACCGUGUCGGGCCUUAAGAAGCACAUGGAGAUCUGUCAGAAGCUACGUGACGCUCUCAAAUGUCAGAAGUGCCAAAAACAGUUCCGAUCCAAAGCUGGACUCAAUUACCACAGCAUGGCUGACCACGCUAAGCCCUCGGCGAGUGAAAAUGUGGCUGGGGAGGAGCAGGAGGAGAGAGAGAGAUUACGGCGCGUCCUCAAACAGAUGGGCCGAAUCAAGUGCCCCAACGAGGGCUGUUCGGCUCAUUUCUCCAGUCUGAUGGGAUAUCAGUAUCAUCAGAAACGCUGCGGAUCAGAUGUGCCUGAAUCAGAGAGGCCUGUUUUCCUCUGCCAGCAUUGUGGUAAGGCCUAUCGCUCCAAAGCGGGUCGUGACUACCACCUGCGCUCUGAGCACCCUGCAACUUCCCCACCCUUACAGACGCCCACUGCUGAUGACUGGAAAGAGGACGAGAGCAAAGAUGAGGAGGAGAUGCAGGAAGAUGAAGAACCUGUGUUGAAGAAGGGCAGCGAAAAGGUGAAGGAUCGAGAAGAGGAGCAGGAGGAGAAGAAAGAUAAGACUGAAGCACAGGAACUGCUGGAUUUGGAGAGGACGCCCAGCGGCAGGGUGCGACGACGCUCGGCUCAGGUGGCUGUGUUUCACCUGCAGGAGAUCGCAGAGGACGAGCUGGCCAAAGACUGGGGCACAAAACGCCGCAUCAAAGAUGACCUUGUGCCAGACAUCAAAAGGCUCAACUACACACGACCAGGCCUUCCCAGCUUUAGCCCCCAAACUGUGGAGAGCUGGAAGAACGAAGUAAAGGAUAAAGGAUUUAUCUGCUGCCCCAAUAACUGUGAGGCUAUCUACUCAAGUGUAUCUGGUCUUAAAGCGCACUUGGCAAACUGCAACAAGGGAGGGGGCGAUAUAGGAAAGUACACAUGCUUGCUCUGUCAAAAGGAGUUUAGCUCAGAGAGCGGCGUAAAAUACCACAUCAGCAAGACACAUUCUCAGAACUGGUUUCGGGCGUCAACCCAUGAAGUAACUAACAACAAAAAAUCCGAGCCAGAUAGCAACGGUUUACUGAAAGUGGUGAAAAACGGCGUGCCUGGGAAGAAGAGGGGACGAAAACCCAAAGAGCGCCCCCCGGAGAUGACCUUCAUCCCAGCAGAGACUCACAGCUUCACUCCUGCUUCGGUUCAGAUUCCACCUCAGGGCUCUGAAAGUCCCACGCCCAACACCCCGAUCACACCCCCUACCCCAGUGGACAGCGUGAGUCCUGCCCAACCCAGAGACACACUGCCGCCUGUAAAGAAAAGGGGCAAACCUAAGAAAGCGCCGACCACUGAGUAACACAGCAUUUGCUACGUCAGCACCAAACGGGACUCCACCGGUAGACGAAUAAAACUCGAUUGAAUUCGGAAAUUAAGGAGAACACAGACGACAGAACGAGCAGAUCGAGAGGAUGACAAACAGCGGAAAACGUUUUGAUCUCGUAUUGAUUUAUCACUGAUCUUUGUGUUUUUUAAGCCGUAUACAUUACGUGUGUGCUUACGUAUGCUGGUAUAUAUUACUCCUGUUGUUUUUUCAUUCCAGUUCAUUUUAAAAAGCUGUCCGCUCGACAAGAGUUUCCGGUUGAUAUACAGCACACGAUAUAUACGUAGGCAAGCUUUUUAGAUGCGAAGUUACGAACAUUUCUACUGAAUUUGUGGGGUAGCUGCGUCAAAACAUGUCCGGUGGUUUCAUGAUUUAGUAUCAAACUCAUUCAGUUAGCAUGGUGAGCUAAUUUACUGCUACAGAUAUACUCUGCUGUGUAUAUAUAAUAUCUAUAACUAUAUAUGAAUAUAUUCAAAGCAAUUCAUUUUUCGUCCAUCACUUUCAAACGAGGUGGGUCAAAACAAAGUUUCAGUGGUAAUCGUUUUGUUCGCUUUACUUGGGAUGCAUCUGGGUUGUUGGCAGCUGAAUGAGUGUUGGAUUUCAGUCGAAGGCUUUUGUAACAGUGCGCUGCUGUCCAGUAGUGUUGCUUUCGUGGUUUCGUCCUGUCUCUUGCUCGGAGUCGUGAGAGGUCUGAGCAUGUUGCUUUAUGUAACUUGCAUCCCUUUGGGCUGUUUGCAGUAGUUGUAGUUUGUCACAGUUGGUCGGAGAUCAUUGUGAAAAGUUUUACCUGCUUGGAAAUUUGGUAGUCGUUCAUUUUGUCUGUUUUUUGUUAUAAAGUACAAUGAAAAAAGGGUUUUGGUCCCUAAUGUAAAGAUCAGUAUUGGUCUUGUCAUACGGGGUGGUUAACUAUGAAGGAAUAGUGCAGAUGUUUAAAGAAAGAAGGUUUGUGGUGGCACAUGCUGCCUUGUAAAUGAAUUAAAAUAUGUUGGCUGGAAAUUGAACUCCAAGAAUGCACAGGAAUGCCCUUUGACAUCUGUGAUGUCACCAGUGCUCGUAUCAGCUACAUUUCUACAUGCUCUAAAUGUUCAAGAUAGUUUACCCCAAAAUAAAAAAUGAUGUUUUAUACAGUAAAAGUAAAUGGUGAUGAGGCUCUUAAGCUCUUAAAAUGACGAAAGAGCACAGAUCUUCAAGUCAAUCUUAAUAUAAUUUUUUUUUUUUAAAUACGUUUUACAUUGUAGUAGGAUCAUUUAAUGUAGACUGUUAUAAACUUCACAGAUUUUACAGUUUUAUUUUACAGAAUUUUCACAUAUUUUUGAAAUGCCGUAAACAAUGUCAAAUAAGAGAAAUACACUGAAAAUAUACAUGUUUACAGAUUUGCAUAGAGUAACAUGACAAACAUUAUUUCAUUAUGCGUAAAUGUUACUUUACAUUUUUCUUGCACCCUACUGUUUUUUUUACGAGUUUUUUAUAACAGUGUGGAAAACUGUAAAUCCCAAAAAAUGACUUUAGUUAUAUGAAAUACUAUCAUGAAACUGUACUUUUUUCAUUUUUGGAUCUGAAGAGCCCUUUCCCCCAUUCACUUUCAUUGAAUGUAAAAGAGCAGCAUAAACUGUAAUCUACGAUUCUUAAAAAUAUUUUCUUUUCGUGAUUCACAAAAGAAAGUCUUCAUUUUCAUUCAUUUUUGGUUUUGCCUGAAAAUGUUUUACGGGCCAAGCUGCUCCGUGGAGUACAAGCAAUGUGUGUCGAAUGCACUUAAAGACCUCAGUGACUGUAUGCAAUAGUGAGAGAGUUUUGCAGGGGUGGAGGUCUUGUACAUUAUGUGUACGCACUAUGACGCAAAGCAUUGGAAGAGCACAAUCAGAUUGGUCGCUGCAGACUCUAACCGCAGACUUUGGGUUGAGAAUCAGAGAGCGUCUGUUUAGAAAGGAACAAAUGUCCACAUACUGAUUCCCAACCUUCUGAUAAAAGCCUGAUCGAGAAAAAUGCGUAUCUUGCACUUUAGCCCCUCUUCCCCCGUCCCUCCUUAUCUUGCACUUUGCAGGCACUGUUAGGCUUCCAUUCUCCCCACCUUACAAGUGGCUCUGUGUUAUAUCAGCACCCUUUCGUAAAGAUCUCAGAUCAGUUUUUACCCAUGUCCAACACAUGUGAGCUCUUAAAUCUGAUCACAGUGCAGUUUGGAAAGGCGUUGUGAUCCAAACCCGGUGAAUGUUUAAGGGAAGUUUCCCAAUUUAGAAAACAAAUCUAUUUCAAACCAGAUGUUAUAAGCCAUAUCGGUUCCCAUAAACGCUAUUGGAAGCAUCAUUUUAUUCUUCCUCUGUUUGCAUAAAAUACUAUAGAAUGAAGAAAAAUAUAUAAUUUGCAACAGAAAUUAAUUAUCUAUUCUUAAACCCUAACAAUUCUCAUGGAGGUACUUGAAAUCAUGAAAAAUGCCAUAAAAUUACUAGAUUACAUGUCACAAAUGGAAAAAAGCAUAAAUUAUUAAAAUAUAUUUAUCUAAUAAGAAGAAAAGAAUAAGAUCAAGGUUGCAUACAUACAUAUUUUAUUCUAAUAUUUGUAAAUGUAAUCUUAAUCUCAUAGAUGUUUAAGAAAACUAGGGUCGGUCUGUUGUGGUUUUAGGCAAAAGGUGCUAGUAGCCAAUCUACCUUAAGGAAUGUUGCGCAUGAAAUUGUGAACCAGUUGCCAUGGAGCCCCACAUUUUUGACAGGAAAUACUGUAGCGAAUCCCCUUUUAAAGCUGCAAUCUGUAACAUUUGCCUCUCUAUCGCCAUCUGUAUUUAAAACAUAAAAUUGCAGGUAACUGACAUUUCAUGUGAAAUUGUGAAACCCGACAGCUCAAUUUCUGAAUUAUAAUAUACGUUUACGGUUUUGAAUAAUGGUAAGUGAUUGUUAUUUAUUUAACCCCCCAACAUUACGGAUUGCAGCUUUAACUGCCCUGCACUAAAAAGGUUGACUUGCAUUUACUUGGUCUGUUAAAAACAUUCAUGUCUUUAUAGAACUCUUUUGAGGGCUGAAGAAUAUUUAACAUAUGAUGGGUGUUGCCAUGUUAAAACCGAGUGAGGUGGUCCUACAGAAUAACAUUCUGUGGAGUUUGUUGUUUGAUAACAAAUUACCGAUUUGACAACAAGCGUACUGUAGGCAAGAACAAAUUGCAUGCACCAUCCCAUCGAACUCUCAACGUGUGUUCUUGUGUUGCUGCUCCACCAUGACACUAGUAAACAUGUCAUACAAAACUGAUUGGAAAUUUGAAAACAGCGCCCCUAGUGUCGUGUUAUGAAUUGCAGUCUGACAUGUUUUAAAAUCAUCUUGCAUGAAUUUUUGUAGAGUUUCUUUUUUGGGCUCUAACCGAGCUGUAACAUUGCUCUCUUUAGUGUAGACGAGCAAUUGUACGUUGUGAGUUUCGAGUUUUGCCCAGUAGAGUGUAUUUUAGUUGUCAUAUAACAUUUGCCAUCUCAAUGACACUAAAGGUGGUGUGUAGUUUCUGCUAGGAGUUUAGUGUGUGGCUUCGAUUACCCGUCUUCCUAGAUUAUGUGGCAUACACAUAUGCAGCCGUUUUACGAUCACGACACUGCAACAGAUUUAUUUUCAAAUCUAGCAAUAGCUUGCAGUCGAAAGCACUACUGCAAGGUUAAAUAUGAUUUCCAAAGCUUGGUGCGAACUGUCUUUACUUUCUUUUGCUUGUUUGCUUACUUGUUUGUGACAUAGUUGCUUUUAACAGUUUGCAUAUGAUCCUGCGCUUUUCUAUACAGGUCAAAGUAAAUGUCAUUUCGUCAAACAAUAUACACGGUGUGUGUGCGGGCGCGAGUGUGUGUGUAGGUGUGUAUCUCUGUAUUUAGUGCACUUGUAAUCCCAUGAAAUAGGCUUGAAUAUGGAGUGUCAGUAGAGAUUUUGGUGAAUUUGAUUGUUUGCUGUGGAUUUUUGUACUAAGGGGUCUGUAGAAAGUGGAGCCUCCUUCCAGUUUUUAAAAAAUCGUUCUUUUCAUUCUUUUAACUGUUGCGUGAAAUGAGGAUUUCACAAGUUUAAAAUUUUAAUCCAUCUGUAUUCUGACGGUGAACGUCCUUAGAGAAGUUUACAAACAAAAGUAAUUGUGUUUGAUUUGAACUUAGUGCUAGCUUGCCCGUUGUGUCCCGGGACCUCAGAAAAGGGGGUCUUGCUAACGUCCUCUAUGUCCACCCAUUUAGAUUUUGUCCCAGACUCUGUAAAUUUAAGCGACGUUGCUGGUCCAUGGUGCAAAAGUGUAGUCUGUAGAAAAAGGAGUACAUUUUAUUCAGAUGCUCUAAAAACUGUUAAAGCUAUUAAUACUUAUCAAAUAAUGACUUGUAUUGAACAAAAUGAUCUUGUCCUUUAAAGUUUUUACAUAGGUUGAUGAGAGUUAUGAAUUUAAACUGUUAUUCUUUCUCUUGUUUCCCCUGGUGUAUUAACUGUGCAUUAAUACCCUUCAAAUAAUUAAUAAAAUGUUUAAAAAGA